AUGGCGACCGGCGAGCCGACGUCUGCUCAUAGUGGUGCUGGGGGGUUAGGCGAACACCCGGAGCGACACGCACACGCCCGCACUCACGUGUCGGACAUUGGGGAAUCAAAGAGGGCUGUGGCGUUUAAGGAGUUGAGUCGUUUGUGGCUGACCCCGUUCUUUGGCGCCAACGAACCGGAACCGCAACUCCCGUGGAACACCAAAAACCCCUGUCAAGUGUUUAGCCGAUACGUGCAUGAGUGCUUAGAGCACCACGACAACAACGUUGACUUUUGCCAGACGAGGUUGGCACUCCUUCAGUCGUGUUUAAAUGAGUUCAAUAUGUAG